UCUGUUGUAGCCCUAAAAUCAUUUACGUGGAAUAAAAACUAAAUUAUAUUGUGAAUGGAGCGCAUUUUACAUUUCUCCAUUGCAUACUUUCCGCCAUUGAUUUUUAUCUCUGUCUUUUUUUCAUUCCCGAUCUGUCAAAGUGUCAAAAAGGCAACAUAAUAUUAUGGGUCGCAAUGCUAAAAAGGGCGCUAAGGGUAAGCCAGGAGCACCUAACAAGUCCAAGAAAGAUAAGAACGUCUUCAAGGUAAACGAUGCCAAGUCAAAGAAGAAGCCAAAAGAAGUUCAAGGCAAAUUGAAAAAGAUCAAAGAAGCAGUUAAGAACAAACAAGAAAAAGUCGACGCCAGUCUUAAAACUCUUCACAAAGAUAUGGUUGUAAAGAAGCCAGUUGCAAUAAAACCACCAGUUGGAAAGAAGGGAAAGAAAGCUCCAGCCAAUACGAAAAACGUUUCAACAAAACUGGGCGACCUUAAAGUUUGAAAAAAAAAGUAGUUAAAACCAAUUCUGCCUCUGCAUCCCAUCCACACGAAGACGACUCGACGCAAUUGAAACAAUUUUAAUAGUAAACAGAAUCAAAAAUACAAUUUAAGAAGAAAUUUAAAAAAAAACGUUUUUACACUUGUACACUGUAUACCUACAUUGGGGCAUAUUGAAUUGAUUUAUAUAUAUACAUAGAAUUUGUUGUUAUGUAUUUGAAAAGCAAUAUUAGUUACAUUUUUUAAAGAUAUCAAGGAAAACACAGUUAUUGUAGAUGAAACAAACCAAAGUAUGAAAGCGUUUGCUAAAUAAAAAUUUAAAGUACAAAUUGAUAUAAAA